GUAUAAAAGUGGGAACUUCUCUACACUCUCUCAUCCACUGCUCUCACCUCCAUCUCCUUGUGAACAAGGUGAAGCUCUACCAUCCAGACAUGUCCUGCUUCAGUCCAUGCAUGCCCUGCCAGCCCUGCGGCCCGACCCCGCUGGCCAACAGCUGCAAUGAGCCCUGUGUCAGGCAGUGCCAGGACUCUGUCGUCGCCAUCCAGCCCUCUGCUGUGGUGGUGACCCUGCCCGGCCCCAUCCUCACCUCCUUCCCUCAGAACACCGCCGUGGGCUCCUCCACCUCCGCUGCCGUUGGCAGCAUCCUCAGCUCCGAGGGAGUGCCCAUCAACUCCGGGGGCUUUGGCCUCUCCAGCUUGGGCCUCUCCGGCUUGGGCAGCCGCUUCUGUGGCAGGAGGUGCCCCCCCUGCUAAAGCUCCUGGUGAUGGCCCUGGGGAAGGGACCAGGGACCAGAAGAUGGCACCGCACUGGGGGUCACAGACUCCUUUCUGCCUUGAUGCUCCCUACACUGUGACCUUUACUCUCAUUCACCUCGCUCCCCUUUUUUGACUCAUUAAAUAUCUGUAGCAGCCCA